GAGGGCAAACGCUCAAAUGUGUAGAACAGGGAAUAGUUCAGAGGAGGUAGUCUGUUAUAUGAAAGUCCAAGGAACGUAAAGGUUUUUUUUUUUGCGUUAUAGAAACAGAAAAUCAUCUCAUCUGACAUAAAACAAGUGGUGUGAUAAGUGGGUGUGCUGGUGGAUAUGACUCUCACCUCAACCAACAUGUUUGUGUGUAUCAUUCUUUUCUCUGUGAUUGCUUCAACCAUCGCAGCUGCUGUUCCAACUAAUGCACAGACAGUGGAGCCUGCAUGUGAAGACUAUGUCCUGCCAAUGUGCACGCGCGAGUAUCAGCCUGUGUGUGGGUCCGACGGAAAAACGCAUUCAAACGAGUGCAUGCUCUGCUUUGACAACAUGCUUCUGGUUCACUUCAUGAUGUGUGUCCGAGUCUUCCUCUUCAUCCUCUUUGUGACUGCUUUGACUGAAGCAGCUGCUGUUCCAGUCUACAGUAAAUCAGCAGAGGCUUCUUGUUUAAGAUAUGUCCGGCGAACAUGCACACGCGAUUAUAACCCUGUGUGCACGUCUGAUGGGACAACAUAUGGAAACGAGUGCAUGUUCUGCUUUGACAAAAAGCAAAAACAACUCAACACAUACAUAGUCCAAAAAGGAAAAUGUUGAAACACUAUUCCAACUGUGAUGAGCUGUUCAAUGUAUGUGCAUGUUUUAUUUGUGAUAUACUUUUAAAUUAUACUUAAUAUACUUAAAUAUAUAUUUCCAAAAGGCACCUCAUAA